AUGGGAAGCCGAAUCCAUGUCUACCCCAACGGAUCCUUGGUUAUCGAGGCAGUUACUGAAAAGGAUGCAGGUGACUAUCUGUGUGUCGCGAGGAACAAAAUUGGAGAUGACCUGAUACUGAUGAAAGUCAGCAUCACAAUGAAACCAGCCAAGAUUGACCAGAAACAGUAUUUCAAGAAACUGGUGCCGUACGGAAAAGAUUUCAGAGUGGACUGCAAAGCCUCCGGGUCACCCGCGCCGGAAAUAUCCUGGGGUUUGCCGGAUGGGACGGUGAUCAACAACGCCAUGCUGGCAGACGACAGCGGGCGCAGGUCUCACAGAUAUGUCCUCUUUGACAAUGGAACUCUGUAUCUCAACAAGGUUGGAGUAGGAGAAGGAGGAGAUUACACUUGCUAUGCUCAAAACACGCUGGGAAGAGACGAAAUGAAGAUCCACAUCACAGUCGUCAUGGCAGCCCCUCAGAUAAAGCACAACUACAAGACACACGUCACAGUGAACGCUGGCGACAUGGUGUUGCUGGACUGUGAAGCUGCUGGAGAACCCAAGCCAAAAAUAUUCUGGUUGCUGCCUUCCAGUGACAUGAUCUCCUCGUCAACAGCCAGACACCUCCUGCACGUCAACGGUUCUCUGUCGGUCAGUCGGGUCAAACUGGUAGAUGCCGGCAAAUAUAUGUGUGUUGCUCGUAAUCCCGGAGGGGACGACACAAAACUGUACAAACUGGAUGUCGUUGCUAAACCACCCAUCAUAAACGGUUUAUACACGAACAAAACCAUCAUGAAAGUGACGGCGGUGAGGCAUUCGAAGAAACAGAUUGACUGCAGGGCGGAAGGGACGCCUCCCCCUCAGGUCAUGUGGAUCAUGCCUGACAAUAUUUUCCUAACGGCUCCGUAUUACGGGAGCAGGAUCACAGUACACAAAAACGGGACGCUUGAGAUCCGGAACAUAAGGCCUUCAGACACAGCAGAUUUUACCUGUGUGGCCCGUAAUGACGGCGGGGAGAGCGUGCUGGUGGUGCAGCUGGAGGUUUCGGAGAUGCUAAGGCGACCCAUGUUUAAAAACCCGUUCAACGAAAAAAUAAUAGCAACCCCUGGGAAAAGCACCAUGCUGAAUUGCUCGGUGGAUGGGAACCCCCCGCCCGACGUCAGCUGGAUGCUGCCCAACGGCACGUGGUUUUCCGGCGGCAUCAAGACUUCCCAGUUCCUCUCGGGAAGCGGCGGCACCCUCACCAUCCACAGCCCUGACCGGCACCAGGCGGGGAAGUACCGCUGCGCCGCCAGGAACCAAGUUGGCUACAUCGAGAAGUUGAUCAUCGUGGAGGUGGGCCAGAAGCCCAGUAUCCUCGCCCACCCUUUGGGGCUGGACGGGGAGCCGCUGGCCCUCCACUGCCUGUCCGAUGGGAGCCCUCGCCCCAGCACGGCGUGGACCCUGCCAGGGGGGCACGUGCUGGACCGGCCGCAGGUCAAUGGGAACCACGUCCUGCUGGAAAACGGCACGCUGCUCAUCCGGGAGGCCACCGUGCAUGACAGAGGGGAUUACGUGUGCAAGGCUCACAACAGUGCCGGAGAGUCCUCCGUGACGGUGCCGGUCGUGAUCGUGGCGUACGCGCCCAGGAUUACGAGCAGACCCCCGCGGACCGUGCACACGCUGCCUGGCGCGGCCGUCCAGCUCCACUGCGUCGCACUGGGAAUACCGAAACCCGAAAUCACCUGGGAGUUACCUGACCGCUCGCUGCUCUCUACAGGUCACUGGGGCCGGGCAUCUGGGAACAAGCUGCUUCACCCGCCGGGGACGUUACUCAUCCAGAAUCCCCGACCCUCAGACUCUGGCGCGUACAAGUGCACAGCGAGGAACCAUCUCGGCAGCGAUUUCACUGUAACGUACGUUCACGUCAUCUGA